AUGUCUCUAACAGUGGGCUUGGCUGAUGUCUUAUUCGGAUCAUGGAAUCUGGAGAAAACAGACGCCUUUAUGACAUAUUGGGUUCCAACUUCAUAUAAGAUUGCUGUAGCAUAUCUGUCACUAAUCUAUUUGGGUCAACGAUUUAUGCGAAAUAGAAAACCAUUCGAGUUAGAUGGCACGCUAGCAGCAUGGAAUUUCAUGUUUUCAUUAUUCUCCGGUGUAGCCGCUUAUAAAUUAAUUCCUGAAUUAAUCCGAACGUUUCGGGAAGACGGUUUCGUAGGUUCCUACUGCUACAAUAACGAUUACUACACGGAUGCAUCGACGGGUUUCUGGGGAUGGGCGUUUGUCAUGUCGAAAGCUCCGGAACUCGGAGACACCAUGUUCCUUGUACUCAGGAAGAAACCAGUAAUCUUCAUGCAUUGGUACCAUCAUGCACUUACAUUCGUCUAUGCUACCAUAACCUACUCUGAACAUCAAGCCUGGGCCCGAUGGUCGCUUGCUCUCAACCUUACCGUACAUACCAUCAUGUACUUCUACUUCGGAGUUCGAGCGCUGAAGAUCGAUACCCCACGGCCGGUGGCGAAAUUCAUAACUACAAUCCAAAUUGUACAAUUCGUAAUCAGCUGUUAUAUAUUCGCACAUCUUGUCAUCAUCAAAAGUUAUAAUCAAAUUCCGGGCUGCGCUGUAAGCUGGAAUGUCCUAUCAAUCGGUGGUCUCAUGUAUCUCAGCUACCUCUACCUAUUCGCCGAGUUCUUCUAUAAUGCCUAUAUCAAGAAACGAUCACCCACAAAGAUCAAGUCUCAGUGA